GGAAAGUCGCCUUUGCGAUUUCUGGAGAGCGCCCAGCGGGGCCACGGCGUUCUUGCCGGGUCGGUGGUCCAGGGCCGGUGACAGAGAAACGGCUUCCUGGUGCCCCCCCGCCCCUCCCCCUAGGCAGCCCGCACCUCCAGGGCCUGAAGAUGCUGAGAUCGACGUGGAAUUUUCUCAAACGUCACAAAAAGAAAUGUAUCUUCCUGGGCACGGUCCUCGGAGUGCUGUCCAUGCUUCCAACACUGAGAGAGGCCUUAAUGCAGCAACUCAAUUCUGAGAGCCUCACAGCUCUGCUAAAAAACAGGCCUUCAAACAAGUUAGAAAUAUGGGAAGAUCUGAAGAUAAUAAGUUUUACAAGAAGUAUUGUAGCUGUAUAUAGUACAUGUAUGCUGGUGGUUCUUUUGCGAGUCCAAUUAAACAUUAUUGGUGGAUAUAUUUACCUGGAUAAUGCAGCAGUUGGCAAAAAUGGCACUACAGUCCUUGCUCCCCCAGAUGUCCAACAGCAAUAUUUAUCAAGUAUUCAACACCUCCUUGGAGAUGGCCUGACAGAGCUGAUCACUGUCAUUAAACAAGCUGUGCAUAAGACUCUAGGAAGUGUUUCUCUUAAACAUUCUUUGUCCCUUUUGGACUUGGAGCAAAAUCUGAAAGAAAUCAGAAAUCUCGUUGAGGAGCAUAAUUCUUCCUCUUGGACUAAUAACAAUGGAUAUAAAUCUUUAUUAUGCCAUUAUAUGAUGCCAGAUGAAGAAACUCCAUUAGCAGUUCAGGCCUGUGGGCUUUCUCCUAGAGAUGUUACCACUAUUAAAUUACUCAAUGAAACUAGAGACAUGUUGGAAAGUCCAGAUUUUAGUACAGUUUUGAAUACCUGUUUAAACCGAGGUUUUAGUAGACUGCUAGACAAUAUGGCUGAGUUCUUUCGACCUACGGAACAGGACCUGCAGCAUGGGAACUCCAUGAAUAGUCUUUCCAGUGUCAGCCUGCCUUUAGCUAAGAUAAUUCCGAUAGUAAAUGGACAGAUCCAUUCAGUUUGCAGUGAAACACCUAGUCAUUUUGUUCAGGAUCUGUUGAUGAUGGAGCAAGUGAAAGACUUUGCAGCUAAUGUCUACGAAGCUUUUAGUACCUCUCAACAACUGGAGAAAUGACUUUUUCCUUUCAAAAAACCUUCAGUGGAAUUAAUUUACUUUUAAAUAUACACUGAAUAAGUCAACUAUAUAAAUAUAGGGUAAUGAUUUGUUACCAAAAUGCCUAAUAAAAAAUAUUCUGAAAGUCUUCAUUCAUAAUAAAACAGAUUUAUUUGUCAUCUUAAUUUAUUUUUUAAAGUCAUCAACAGACUAACUAGUUUUUGUGGGCAUAUCUGAAUGUACACAGCACACAGAUCAGAAUUUGUUAUACCAUGGAUAUUAGUUCCAAGUGGACUGAAAACUAAAUGUAGAUACUUGUUUUGUAUAAUAUGAAACUCAGUAUACUUUGACAUUGAUACUGAGGUAAAAUCUCUUUGGGAAGUAGGUGUGAAGUUCGGAAAAUAUGCUAUUUAACGAAUCAAAGUUCACUGAACUGCAGCAUACAGUAGUAGAUCAGACUUUCCUCCAGUUACUCCUCAAAGGAAUAAAUUAUGUGUCUUAAAUAUAUUUGAUAGAGGACUUUGCUUUUUAUGGAAAUCAGUGAAUUUAACAACCAUGACCAGCAUUCCUUUUUCUUCACUGUUGUUAACAAUCCUUAGAAAAUUACAUAGUGAUUUAGAGGCUAAAUUGUGUUGAUGCCGUUUACUCACAUAUUAUUUUAACUACAUACUGUCAUUCAUUUGUAUGUAAAUAACUUUAAUAACUUACUUUGUAUUGAUUUUCAGCACAGUGGAUAUUGCAAUAAAAUAUUUUAGUAAAAUA